AUGUACAGAAUAGAUGUUUCAGAUUUUUAUGACUUCCAAGCAUUUAGAAAUAUGUGUCCAUUUAGAGACUAUAACAAAGCAGUCGAGAAUUUGAAACGUUUAGUCAUUUAUGUUGACUCUGCCCCAGAAUGUUAUGUCAUGAAAGAAUGGGAUGUUGUCUUUAACAAACCAAGAGCAACAAUAGUUUCAGAACAAGAAUGUAGACAGAAACUUAAGAAAAUAAAAGUUGUACAAGUUGGAAUGAAGAUGUUAGAUGCUUGGGAUAUCUUAUUGUCAAAGUUAGAAGAUUUUUCAGUUCGAGGUAUAAAGUUCUAUACACCAUCUCCAAACUUCUAUUCUAUCUUCACUGGAUAUAAAUAUGAACAAGUAGAAUGGAAACACAGUAUUAUAGAAGCUUGGUUAGACCAUGUCAAAGAAAUUAUAUGCAAUGGAAACGAAAAGGUUUAUGAGUAUAUCUUAUGUUGGUUUGCAAACAUCUUACAACAUCCAAGUGCUAAAAAUGAAACUGCUCUCAUUAUAAUUGGAAAACAAGGAACAGGUAAGAACACAUUCUUUACAGAUAUCUUGUGCAAACUGUUAGAAGGUUAUUCGAAUCCGAAUAUGACAAACUUAGAAAACAUCUGUGGCAAGUUUAACUCCUCAAUAGAGAAUAUGAAACUUAUAGUUUGCAAUGAACUUCAAAGUAUAGAUACAACAAAAGUUUUGAACUCAGAUGCUUUGAAGAGUCUUAUAACAGACAAAGUUGGAGUUGUUGAAAGAAAGUAUAAAGACCAAAGAGUUUGUGAAAAUGUUGCAAACUUCAUUAUGGUUUCAAACAAUACUGUUCCGAUGAAGUUAGAAAGUUCUGACAGAAGAUAUGUAG